UCCUUUCAAGUGGGUUGCUCGUCGACGACGACCACUGCACCGACGACCCUCAUCGCGUCUCGAGUGUCCGAUCCGAAGACCGCAUUUCUCUCCGAUUCUCGACAGCUCUCGUCCGCGACCGUAGUGAAAACGUUCGUUAUAACUAGCUAUUAUUAUUAUUAUUAUUGCUAGUUGUUACUAUACUGUGUAGUACAAAAACCGCAAACUCGAUAGAUUUACGCGAGUGUGUGUGUGUGUGUGCAGUGUGUAUCACAAUAUUGUCUUAAAAACGAUUUCGUGUACGUGAUAAAAAUCACCCGCGGUGCCGAGAUUUAUUAUUAUUAUUAUUUUUUUGAUAAUAUAAUAAUUAUUAAAAACGGUAGUAUAAUUUGCGAAAUCGUCUACCGUCGACCGACUGCCGGGCACGUGCCGACUUUGCCCCGGUGUCUCCCGAUCAACGACGACAAACGCGGUAUUAUAAUAUUUUUCGUAAAUCGCAAGUGCGACUCGCGCAUAACGUCUGUACGCAACGGCGAUCGCCAUGUCCGACAGCGAAAGUCCGAAACCCGCGGAAGAAGUGCUCAUGCACCAUCACCAUCAUCACCACCCGAGGAUACCGCCGUCGCUGCUCGCGUGGUGCCCGGCCAUCAUGCCUCCCUGGUGCUCGCUGCUCCCGGCCGCCUGGUGCAAUCCGGCAGCCCUCAGGUCCGCUUUCCCGGGACUUUUGGACAGUAUAAAAAUGCCGAGCAGUCAAACGCGACCAUCCGGUUUCCAUAUAUGUGACAUAUUGGACUUGAAUGACGGAAAAGUCAACUCCACCGAUAACACGAACACUACACUGAGUUCCCAUAUUAACGCUCCCGACGUGCACAACGUAAGCACGGGCUUCCAGUUCCCUAGCGUUUUGCAAUCAUCCACCGAGCUAUUACACCACUGGCCUACGUCGCUCACCGAACUCCGAGGGUUCGGGAUGAACCAUCACGGAGCCCAGCAAGCCAGCCCAGACAGCACGUCUCCGGGGGUAACAGACUUGACGGACACAUCGAGCACGCCCAGCGGACUGGCAGCCGACACUUCGAACGCGAACGCGAACAUCAGCGCUGGUGGUGGGCCCGGUUCUGUGACCGGCGCCGGCGCCAAAGACGAACCGUCCGAGGCGGAUGGCGAUGAAAUGGAUGACGAGUUCGACGAUGAGUCGGGCACCGCGGGCGGCGAACAGGACCGGUCCGGUUCAUCCGGCGCCGGCGGUCACCCAUCCGACGUUAGCGGCGGCAGUGGUGGUGGGACCGGGGCGGUACACAAAAAGCGCAAACGUCGCGUCCUGUUCAGCAAGGCCCAAACGUACGAGCUAGAGCGCAGGUUCCGGCAACAGCGGUACUUGUCGGCACCCGAACGCGAACACUUGGCCUCAAUCAUCCGGCUAACUCCUACGCAGGUGAAAAUCUGGUUCCAGAACCACAGGUACAAGACGAAACGGGCGCAACAGGAGAAGGGCAUGCACGUGGACCAUCACGCGGCGGCCGCGGCCAACGCUCUGUCUUCGCCGAGGCGGGUCGCCGUGCCCGUGCUGGUCCGAGACGGCAAGCCGUGCACCAACCAGCAGCCCGGUGCCGGCGGCAAGGCCGAACAGAUGGUGCUACCGUCGUACUCGCAUCCGCUGAUGCACGGCCAAACGCCCAGAACGUGGUGGUAGUUAUACAACCACAACCGCGGUAUAAUAUUAUAGUGUAUGGUCAUCGCGACGGCCAGUAUUGUCUUCCUAUGUAAUAAUAAUAAUAUGUAACGUAUAAAUAUACGAGUAUAAUCAUGUGUACGGCGCGCGAUAUAUAUAAACUUGCCGGCUACUUGUCAAAAAAAAAAAAUUUUAAAAAUGUUUAAUACCUUCCGACCGUUAAUAUAUCAUAUUUUAAUAUUAUUGUAUGUAAAACGUUCGGUUACGUGAAUUCGAGGUUGGCCGAGUGACGGGUGUUAUCGACGAUGAUACCUAACGUCGAUAAGGUGUUCUAUGUCUAUAAUACAUGGUAUUAUUGCCGUUCACGUUGUUAUUAUACGUAGUCGAAAUCGAUUUCACGAAAACAUAAAAAUUUACUAUUAUACAAGUGGUGCACCUUAAUAGAGGUGAAUUUUCGAUUUGUUUAGAAAUAUUAUAUAAAUAUGCUGGGCGUUUAAUUAGGAAAAUCAUAGGAUUUCGCGAUAUCGAAUGAGAAUACAACAAAAAAUUGUGAUUUACUCGAUAAAUCGUCUUAUAUAAUAUAUACGACAUAUUAUAUUAUGUACAUA